ACUUUUACUGCUCAUACAUGCUACUAUCUGUAGAACUUUUGAUUCUCUAAUUUUCUCUUAAGACAUGAGUCAUAGUUACUCGAAAUUUUUGUCUAUGCUUUUGUUUUGUUCCUUGUUUUCGGUUCCAUUAUGUUGUGGCCAACUUGAUUACAAAUUUUAUGACAAUACUUGUCCCAACUUGCUUAAGAUUGUCAGAUAUGGUGUUUGGUCUGCUAUAGCUAAUGAAACUAGAAUGGCUGCCUCUAUUCUACGCCUACAUUUCCAUGAUUGUUUUGCUAAUGUAAUCACAUUCCUUUGUAUACUUCCACAUGGCUGUGAUGGAUCUGUCUUGCUUGAUGAUACCAGCACAUUUACAGGAGAGAAGAAUGCGACCCCUAAUAAGAAUUCAGCUAGAGGAUUUGAGGUUAUUGACGCGAUAAAGGCAAAUGUUGAGAAAGCUUGCCCAUCCAUAGUCUCUUGUGCUGAUAUAUUGACUCUUGCUGCCAGGGAAUCUGUUUAUCUGACUGGGGGUCCUUAUUGGCCAGUGCCAUUGGGUCGUCGAGAUGGCCUAACAGCAAAUGAGACUGCUGCUAACGAGCUCCCAUCACCUUUCGAGCCCUUGGAAAAUAUCACAGCAAAAUUUGUAUCCAUGGGUCUCGAUUUGAAAGAUGUAGUCGUGCUUUCAGGUGCACAUACUAUUGGCUUUGCUCAAUGUUUCACAUUUAAACAGAGGCUUUUCGACUUUGACGGGGCUGGUAAUCCUGAUCCAACACUUGAUGCAUCGUUGCUCAGCAAUCUACGUACUGUCUGUCCCAAUCAAAACAAUUCUGAUACGAAUUUGGUUUCCUUGGAUCCUACUACGACAAACAAGUUCGACAACAACUAUUUCAAGAAUCUUGUAAACAACUCCGGUCUCCUACAGUCGGACCAAGCCCUCAUGGGCGACAAUAUCACUGCUUCAUUUGUCAUGAACUAUAGCAAAUUCCCUUUCCUUUUCUCCAGAGAUUUUGGUAUCUCUAUGGUCAAGAUGGGAAACAUUGGUGUUCUUACAAGCCAAGAUGGAGAGAGAAGGAAAAACUGUAGAAUGGUAAAUUAGAAACUUGCCUAUCUAAAUGAAUUGUAAUGAACUAAUUAUUACUUCUAGAGAAGGCUUUAGUAUUGAUUUCAAGUUUGUAAUAUCAGAUUGUGUAUUUUCCUGUUCUGUUUAUGUACAUGUACCUCCUCCUUUUCCAAGAUUAAAACAAGGGUGUUAUGAUUUUCUGA